CUGAACACUGCUUUAAACACGUAUGUUAAUUAAUUCUGGUGACUACUUAAUUCUCAUGAUCAUGAAUUGUCUCGUGUCGGCUGUCUGAAUUAGAAGGCGAGUUAUUUUGGGUAACGCACACACCCGACAUUCACGGCCUGCGCUCUCUCUCCCCUAUGGUGUCUUGUUUAAGCCCUCAGCUGGGUGGCACGUUAACUCUCUCCAUCGAGUAGAAGUGAAAAAAAUGGAUCAAUCAUAUUCACUGAUUGCUAACUAAGUUGUUUUUGGAAGGCUGCACAUUUAUUUUUGGAGACCAAAUAGCAAGGGAAGGUCAGCAGGGCUGCUUAACGCUGAACGAGUCCUCAACAUCUUGAAGUUUUUUUUUCCCACAGCACUUUAAACGUAACCGCCAAGUUUAGAAGAUCUUCUCAAUAUGCAUCAUGGUUUCUGGACUUCAAAGCAUCUUGCGAAACACAACUUCAAUUUCAUGUGAUCGAAACAUUGCUAUUUUGAUACUGGCAAUCGUCUUCAAUAUUGUUUCAAUAUCAAGGGGAUCUUCAAGACCGACUUCGAGUGAUUUACUUGCGGAUAUUCUAGGCAUGUUAUUGGUCCUCAUGUUCCCACAAAACUAGUUGAGCUUUAAUUGGCACCCAAAACUGUUUUGCUAAUGAUCGUAUCAGGGCAGCAGGAAGGCAUUGUUAUUUUUCCAAACCAUGAGGUAGCAUAUCAUUCUUCGGAUGUUGCUGGAGUGAAAGGAUAUCGCAAGUAUCUUCCUUUUGUCUUCCUGAUAAAACAAUUGUUCAGCUGUAUUCAACACCUAGUCAUACAGUGGCUAUCUGACACAAGGAAAUAGUGUGGCAUUGUGUUCAGAACUUCAGUUGCUUUGCUAGCUGUCAAUACACUGUCGACUUGAUUUCAAGAAUUGCUUGCGAUCCCAGUCCAUGUGAUGUGCUUCAUCAUUUUCUUGGACGUCUCCAUUUUAAUAGCGAACUUUUUUGUUGCUGUCAUAGUGGAGUAAUUGGUUUGAACCAUCCCGAACUCCGAGGCAAUAGUUAACGAAUCUUUGUCGUCCCAAUUAUUAGUGUUGAACAUUCUGGUACAUCUGUAUUUAACCAACUUCUCUUUGCUGCCAUAUAGUGUCGUGGAUGAUUUGAGCCAACUUGACUCCAUGUCCAUUUGAUUUCAAGAACUGUUGUCAUCCCAGUCUGUGAUAUUUCCGUUACUGAAUAUUGAAUAUUUUAAUGUUUGAUGAUGUCGUCUUCUUUGACUCUGAGGUGUAAGAGGAAUUUCAGGUCGUUCGGCAAAAAAUGGAACUCAAAAUCCUUGAACUAUGAUGAGAGGGAAGGCGGAAGAAGGAAAAAGACUGAACGAGAGCAGCUCCAGGCAGAGCUUGAGCUGGACUUACUGGAGGCAUGUUCAGACAUACGCAAGCUAGAGUUUCUACUCAAAAAGCUGGGUUUCAGUGCGAUCAACAAAAACUACAAGGAAACUCCUCUUUUCAAAGCGGCACAGGGAGGGCACCUGGACGUGGUCAAGUUCUUACUGCACCGGGGAGCGGAUGGACGGGCUAACCAGGAGAGUAAGAUGACUGCCCUCUACGCUGCCUGCCAGCACGGCUACCUCGAGGUGGCAGAAACCUUGCUCAAGAGGUUUCCUGGCAUGGCAAGUGAACAAACGCAGGACAUGGAGCUUCCUCUUCAUGCUGCGGCCAAGGAAGGCUUCCCCAACCUCGUCAAACUCCUCCUGGAAUUUGACUAUAAGACGGCUGUCGAGGAAUCGAGCAUCUGUGAGUCUGACCUUGGAACCUCCAGCAUCACCUUCAAGUCGUACAAGGGCAACUUGCCCUUCUACAUCAACCAGAGAAACAUCAAUGGACAGACUGCCCUCUAUCUAGCCUGCAUGGCCGGUCACCCUGAAGUGGUCCGUAUUCUCUUGGAAUACCAGCCUUCGGGGACAGCGAGACAUUCCUACGCGACGCUCAAGAAGAAAUCAUAUGUGGACGUUGAUUGUUACACGGUGCUUGGACAGACGCCCUUGCACAGUGCGGUCAUGAAGGGCGAUACUGAGAUCGUAGCGCUUUUGCUGAGGCAUGGUGCCGAUGUGAACCUUCCUAUCAAGUCUAUACAGUGCCUGUUUGAUUCCGCAAAGGAGAAGGAUUCAGGAAAGAUGACGGAAAAGAUGUUCUUUGCCGAAGAGGAUUCGUCACUGCUCUAUGAGGCGUGUAGCGCCAACGAGUACAACAUUGACAUCAUCAAUAUGCUUCUUCGGCAAGGUGCGCGUGAUGUUGACGACAAGGCCUUGAUGGCUGCUACGCUAGCUGUUCAUAAUGACAUCAAGACUAGUAUUCUUGCACAUACUGGUGUCCAUCCAGAUCCAGACUUUGUAAUCAGUGACAAACCUCUUAGCAAGUUCAAGAACUACUUCUUUGAAUGCUCACGGAGCAGUAGCCUUGAUUUGGAUGAGUCUUCAAUUAAGUAUGGGAAGGGAUCGCGGGAAACUGCAUCAAUGCAGAGAUCCCGUUUUGGGAGGCAGGACUCAAAGCAGAGUGAACACCGAAGGGGUGGGAUCUUAGAUCGCAGGAAAACCGUUGCGAGUAUCAAGCGGUCGGUGAGCACGCAUGGACCAUUCGAUACUGCCGUGACCAUCGACUGGCAUGAUCAUAACUUAACAGAAGUUAACGUUGAGUGGUUGGUGGAGGCUGGUUUUCGGCAUAACCCAGCUCUAAGACAUUACCCCGUUCCCGGAUCAGGGAUUCAUGAUGUAGUCGCUACCAUCACCCGAAUUGACAUUUCUGAUAACAGCCUCGGUAGGAUUCCUCUGGUUGUAUUCCAGCUGCCAUCCUUGCAGCACCUGAAUGCCAGUCGGAACAAAAUCAGCAGACUCCCUGAAGGACACACUGUUGGAGAACAAAGCUCAAGAAAGAGUACUCAUUCAGAUGGUUCCGAUGUAUUAGCUCCGGAUCAGUGGAACGCCCCCUUGCUGAAGCAUAUUCACUUGGAGCACAACAGGAUAAGUGUCUCACCUCCAGAUAUCUUCUUAUUGCCAUGUCUGGAAAACCUUUUCCUUCAGAACAACAGGCUGGCUCACAUGCCGUUUGAGAUGUGGAUGUCACCGAAGCUGAAAAAGCUCAAUCUUAGUCGGAACAGGAUAGAAGAGUUGCCCAGUUACCAGAUGGACUCUGCUGGUGUUGUCAACAUGAGCUGUCAUUUGGAGAAUCCGGGGAGCAUUCAGAAUCACGCAGGAUGCAACCAGAAGACAAGCCAGAUCUCUCUACCCAUGGCGCUCUUGGCCGAAUCAAAGAAAGACUCUGCAUCAUCACCAGGCAAAGGAGGCAAAUCCCGUAGCAGUCCAACGCUUGACGAAGCCGGCUUGGAGAGCCAGUCUACCUCUACAAGGGGGAUGAAACGACAGAUCUCCUCUGGAGCGAUGUCGAUGCCAGACUCAGAGGGAGCUGAUUCCGGGUCGCACACACCCCCGCGGCGGUACUCCUUUGUCAAUAUGAAGCGCCAUCGCUUGUGCAGCAUGGGGACAUAUGACGUCUCCCACGAAGAAGAGGAAAAUGUGAACGUAGAUGAACUGAGUUCCUUGGAAGUACUUGACCUGUCUCAUAACAAACUUUCCCAGAUACCAUCAGGUCUACCUUGCCUGUCUCCAAAGCUGACCAAGCUUAUCCUGUCCCACAAUGACAUCUUAGAACUCUGCUCUAUCAGCAAGCUACCAGCAGGUCUGAUGGAUCUAGAACUGGCCCAUAAUAAAGUCAAGUACAUCUCCGUAAUAGCACCAAGGACCUCUCUCCGCGGCAAGAACACUUCUUCGCGGCUCAUCCGGGCGGCAUCUACGGUGGAGAACCCUACCAAUUCGACCGACUCCUGCUACAGUCCGAAGACAUCCUGCUACAUGGUCACCUCGCCGCUAUCAUCCUCAUCGUCCAGACGUAGGAGCCGUGAGUCCGUCAUGGUGUCGCCGACUCUCUCGGUGUCCACCAACAGCCUGGUCCAGGUCUGCAAGCAUCGGAGGCACCGGACCUUGGCCAACCUCAGGACCCUGGACCUGUCCAACAACUGCUUGGAGAAGCUGGAGAUCAUCUCAAGGAUGCUUGUGGAUGCGCCCCAUGAUAUCGAUGAAGAUGAGGAUGAACCCAUGGUAGUGACGAUACAUGGACAGCAGGAUGAAGACCCAAAUAUUCCUGCUGAUGCCUGGAAGCUCUACACCAACACAGCUUGCACGGACACAGAGGGAACCCUACUCUUUCCGAGCCUGAACGUCCUGAUGCUCUCCAACAACCUGCUGAGUGAGAUCCCGGCCGAUGUGCAGUACCUGACCAAGCUUAGCAGUUUCAAGGUGGAUGGUAAUACAAACAUCACUACCCUACCACCAGAGAUGGGAAGACUCAAGUGUCUCUACGACUUCAACGCAGAUGGUUGCCAACUUGUGGAGCCUCUCUCUUCAAUGAUCAAGACAUCGCUCGUCAAAGAUGUGCUGGGAUACCUUCGUUCCAUUCUCGAUGAUGCCAAGCCGUACACCCGUAUGAAACUUAUGUUUGUAGGGAAGGCUGGCAUUGGGAAGACAACCCUGCUGAAUGAACUUCGCAGGGAUGGUGUGGGUGCAUAUAUCGCCCAGUCACUAGGGACUUUUGGAGAGAGACAGGGCAACAGUCACAUCAGUGGAAAGACCUUGAAGGGCAACCACCUGUCUACUGUUGGGGUAGACGUUUGUGAGUGGACCUACAACAAGAAGAAAGCCAAGCACGGCAAGGUCACCUUCAGCACAUGGGACUUUGGAGGACAGCAAGAGUUCUAUGCAACACACCAGUACUUCCUGACCAAGCGCUCCCUCUACCUUGUGGUGUGUAAGAUCACAGAUGGGUCAAAGGUCAUAAAUGAACUCCAGCAAUGGCUGGUCAACAUCCAGGCGAGGGCACCUAACUCGCCAGUCAUCAUUGUCGGCACGCACUACGACGUCAUCCUCCGAGAUAAGAAGUACUCAAAGGAGUACUGGCCCGAGCUGAAGCGCACCAUCUUUGAUCGAUUCAUCAACAUCGCCCAUCCCCAGGAUGCGGGGCUCCCUCAUGUGAUAGCCUGCGUGGAGGUGAGCUGUGCCGCGAGCUCCAAGUCGUACAAUGUCAACAUGCUUAGGGACUUGGUCUAUGACACAGCGUACAGUCUGACCGAGGGUAGAGAGAGGGAGCCCUUGCUGAUGCAGCGGGUGCCGACAUCAUAUCUUGCCCUUGAGAAGGCUGUGAUGCAGAUCUCGGCCGACAUGAGGGCCGCGAAGAGAGAGCCUGUCCUGCACAGUACUGAAUACAAGUCAGAGGUGAUGAGGAUGAUGGUAGAACAAUCUCAGAUCUCAUUCCAUGACAAGGAAGAACUCCUUCAAGCUACAAGGUUCCUUCAUAACAAUGGUAUUCUUCUUCACUACGAGGACUCCAUGUUGAAUGACUACUUCUUCCUGGACCCGCAAUGGCUAUGCGACACAUUGGCUAAGGUCGUGACGAUUCCAGAGAUCAAUCCGGACGUUAAGAAAGGUGUCAUGCUAGUCAGAGAUUUGCAUCGAAAGUUUGAGGAUUCCAGCGUGAAAGAGUUCAUCGUCAGUCUCCUCAACAAGUUUGAGGUGGCCGUGACCUAUGACCCCAAGCACCUGUUGAUCCCCUCUCGUUUACCCCAGGAGGGUGUGGAUACCACCAUUAUACCGGUCUUCAGAAGCAGGAGCGACUCCACUAGGGUGUACAGGAAGACAGGAGCAAGAAGUCCAUCCCCAAUUCAAUCCUCUCCCCCAGAAAGAUGGAACAGGAAAGCAGUAAGGGGUCACAGUCCCUCCCCUUCCAGGAUAUACUGCCAUGAUGGAUCACCGACAGACGGCUCGUCACCCAGAGAGACGUCUCCAGAGACCGUUGAGACCCCUGAGAGGAGCCCAGCCACGAUGUCCAUCCCUGUCCCGAUCCGCAGGAACCUCCAAGGCAAGGCCCGCAUGGCAAAUUGCGCUUCAUCACCUCCUUGCGAGAUGUACAGCGAAGCCUCAACGUCUACCAUGGGGUUGGACGCAAUGGAUACCCCCACAUUUGAAUUGUUGAGGAAGUCUGCCACCAUCACCAAGAGCCCCAGCUCAGGGGAUGUCAACACGGGAACGGUCAAAGGGAAGCUGGACAGAGCCGACAUCGAGUUGGUGUCCAAUAAGGCACAGGACAGCAAGGUACCGAGCCCUUUUGAUGGGUACAAGUUCACUCCUGUGGAGAACCUAAAGACAGCUAUCAGAAGACUCUAUAUCCUGCAGUACAUUCCUAGUGGCUUCUGGUCACAUCUGAUCAGCAGACUGUUGUCCGACCAGAUGAUCCCUGGUCUCAUCAACUCCAUGUAUCUGCUAUCGGAUGAUGUCCACAGGUUCUUUGAGGGUGAGCCCCUGUCAGAGUUCACCAAUGAGUUCCAAUGGGUAUGUUGGCAGUCGGGGAUCGAACUGAAAUUCAUGUCGGUGACUGUGUUCCAUGUGAAGGCUGUUGUCAGGGAAAAGCUUCUAAGUUCUGUCUUCGAGCGAGAGAGGAGACCCGAGUCCGUCCAUGUAUUGAGCCUAACAGACGAUCCUGACCACUUCCCGAGGAACGUUUCCCUCUCCCGAAGUGGUCAGCUAGAGAUACUCAUUCCUAACCAAACUCUAGAAGUUACCCAUAGGAUACAACAGAGAGAGGCCAAUGGAAAGGGAAUGUCCGAUUCUGUGAAGAUUCUGACAUCCUUGGAGACUGUCUCUCGUCUCCUUGCCACCAUCAUCGACUUGAUUGACACCUUGAUAGAGAACUUCUACCCCAACCUCUGUGAGCCUUUGGGCACAACUUUUGAAGGAGAGCUCUUCAUCACAAGAGUUGUUCCUUGCCAUCGCUGUUGGCGGGACUAUAAUAAGCCGAGCUGGGACGAGGUGGAUGUCUCCGAGUGGGAGUUCAUCCACGCUUUGGAUGCGGAAGAGCACAUGAACGCUGAACACGAGUCUCCGCUCCUCUGGUCGUCCAUCAGCUCCGCGGAUGCCCAGAUGAUCACCACCCGUACUGGUGAGCAAAGCAAGCUCUGCUGCGGUCUCUCCUGCAGCUAUCCAAGACUCCACGACGACAUCCUGACAGGGGUCAACCUCAAGCAGCUCAACCCAAGACGAAGAGCAGCCCAUGCCCUCCAGCGGAAGGAUCGCAUUGCAGCAACGACCAACGCCCGCCUCUCGGCCGAUGGUGACAUGACUCUACAGACAGAGAUCGACAAUGACCGUGAGCAUCCCCUACCGCUGGAAACCUGCAGUGAGCUAGGCAUUGAGCCUGAUGUCAGCAACGAUAUGAUGCCCAUGGACACUGUCCUCAACAGCACCCUGUUGAGCUCAAUCCAUAAGAGUGCUGAUGUGCCGCAUGAUAUCUGCGUGUACGGAUUCCUCUUUGAAGAACUAGUCCUGCAGUCUAUGAGGAAUGAGUUUGUGGAGUGCCCCAACCAUGGAAACAUAGCAAUCUCUGUUGUUGCCCCAGAUGUUAUGUAUGCAGACCUGGGCCCAUCCGUCCUUACCGAGAAGUCUGCUCUAGACAUCCAACGUCUGUUGGGCAGCGGGACGUUUGGUCUUGUCUUCCAGGGGGUGAUGGCUCGCGCCUCCGAGCACCGACGGCCUAUCGCGGCCAAGAUGCUCCAGCCCUACCCUCCGGGGCAAGGUGCAGGAAACACUGACCGACGGCGCUACGACAAUGACAACACAAAGUGGCACCGGGAUCCGCUGCGGUUCUCCUGCGAGGCGUAUCGCACGGCUCGCAAGGAGCUCUCCAUCAUCAACAACCUUGAUCAUCCUCAUAUUGUUCCUCUGCUGGGCUUCUGCAGGCAUCCCAUGUGUCUGAUCCUUGAGCUGGCACCACAGGGAGCGCUGGACACCAGAAUGGAGAAUUUUAAGCGCGUCGGAGCCAGGUUGACACCUCACACCUUGCAGGAAUUGGUGGUUCAGGUCUCAUCGGCUGUAGCCUACCUUCACAGCAAGGAUAUCAUCUACCGAGACCUCAAGGCAGAGAACGUCCUGGUGUGGAAGUUCCCGCAGCCUUACAGUCCGAACCCAGCAGAUCCGAUCAAGGUCAAGCUUGCGGACUAUGGCAUCAGCGUGACCGCUCUUCCUUCGGGUACCAAGGGGUACGGUGGGACACCGGGAUAUAUGGCUCCGGAGAUCGUACAGUACGAUGGCAAGGAAACCUAUAAUGAGAAGGUUGACUGCUUUUCCUUUGGAAUGUUCAUGUUUGAGCUGAUGUCCCUUCAGAGGCCCUUCGAGUGUCUGGUCGGAAAGGAUGUAGGUCGUCUGUCGGAGGUCAUCAAGCAGCUUAUCAAGGAUGGACAGAGACCUGUACUCUCAAGGAAGGAGAAGUCCUACCCAACCUACAUGCUGGACCUGCUGUCCUGGUGCUGGGCUCAAGACUCCAGGGACCGACCCUCGAUGGAACAGAUCAAGGACGUCUCAAAGACGGCCGAGUUUGCCAACCUCCUGGAAGUGCUCUCGCUGGAGGAGAAGCCUGUCGUCUCCUGCGCCGUUGCCACGACGGCAGGAUGCAGCCCGGAAGGAGAUGGCCCAGAUGCAUCGUCCAGUCUGCCGGUCAUCUGGAUGACCCAGACCGUGGAGGAGGACCAAUCCUCAUCAGUGGUCAUCCUCAACAUUGACCGCACCCCUAGCGACGACACGACCUGCUUCAAUCUGACCGUUACCGGGGGCACCGUCCGCUGUGUGUGCUCCGUGGCUGACACCAUGUGGCUUGGUUUGAAUACAGGCUCCAUAGUGGUCUAUGAGAAUGGAAGGUUCUCCUACCCCAACGAAAUAGCGCGCCUCUCCCUGCCCCAGUACAAGAGCAAACCUCGCUCCCCCUGCACCAUGCUCCACAUACCCCCUCUACAGCUGGUUGCCAUAGCAGCAGAUCACGAAGUGGCCUUCAGGCAAGAGGAUGGUAACGGGAUGCCCUCGGCAGACUCGGACGGCUUCCACUAUGUCCAUGUUCAGAGGGAGAUCAUCUCCAUGGCUAUCGUCCUAAAGAAGAAUGGAAGCAAAAGAUCCUACGAGUUAUGGUGCGGUCAGACCGAGGGAUACAUAACCGUCCUGGACGCCGGCAACUUGACCCUGUGCCAGGUCAUCCUCUGCCAUCUUGACGAUCCCCUCCCCUUGGCACCUGUCACUCAGAUGGUGACCUAUGACCUUGCGAUCCAGGAGCAGAUGGGCCUUCAGCAUGUCUGGUCUUAUGUCCAGCCAGGGCCUGUGGUGUACAAGUGGAACACCGAAACAAGGGCAAUAGAGGGCAGGAUUGACUUUGUAGCGACUAUCUCGACUUGUCGAUCUAACCCCCGACCAAGAGGCAGACAGAGCCAUCGACCAAUGAGCGCCUUCCGCUCUCAAGUGAACUCCAUGUGCCUGAGCGGUGAGUACCUCUACAUCGGGAUAUCCUGUGGGCAUCUCCUUGUCCUUGAUGCCUCCACCCUUGCGCCGGCCAUUCUGCUCUCCUGUCACGAGGGUCCCGUCAAGUUUGUCAUCCCCGUUGCGCCCUCCCAUCAUCACCACUUGGUCCCUGACCUUCCGGAUUCAUCCAUCAUCCCUGACCAUCAGUCAGAGGUGGCCGUAGCCCACCGGUUCCGCUUCAGCCGCCCAACCGUGGUCACCCUCGGAAAGGGGUUCAACGAUCUGGUCGGUGGCUACGGGAACUCGCCAUCCCGCUUCACGGGUCAAGAGAGGCUGGGUUGGUAUAUUCUCCUCUGGAACAUGGAGUACUUCAAUGAGGAUCGCCUUGAGUUGGGAAAUGAUUUCCUGGAUGGGAUUGUUAGAAAGAAGUCAAGGAGCACAGAGGUAUGACAACCUGGUCUAGGUCUAAGGGGUCUCGCCAGCCUGCUUUAGAGAGUAGGGGCACUUUCAACAGUCAUUCCUUCUUUUGAACGCGAAGCUCUUCUGUGAGGAUCGAGGAGAACAGAGGAGUAACGACUUAGUCUGGGACUACAGGUUCUCUCCAGCCCACUGCUGAGGACCAGAAGCAAUCUUGCUGGUCCAAUCCUCCUCUGGAAUAUUGCCUUUGAUGAGGAUCUCCUAUUUCACGGGACAGGAUUUCUUGGACAGGAUCACGAGGAAGAAAUCAAGAAGUACAAUGGAUUGAUGAUCUUAGUCUAGGGCUUCAGAAUCUCCAC